CAAGCACCUACUGUGUGCCAGGCCUGGGGACCCCGUGCAUUGCCCUCCCCAGGCGGGGGCAGCCCUCUCAUAGUGCAGGUGAGAGCCCGUCUUUGAACAGAGGUUGUGCAGCUUCUCCACUUGCUGGCUGUGCCAUCUGAGUAAACAGCUUCCCUCUCUGGGCCUGGGAUCUCAGAAGCUGAUGGGUGCAAAGAAACCGGCCCAUGGGGAGGGCGUCACAGGAGAUGGCUGUCAUUCGUGAUGAACUGAACCUCGGGCGCUCGUUCACGCUUGUGUGGAAAGAGGAGCUUAGAGAUGAUCUAGUCCAACCUCCCCACCCUUCAGAUGAGGAAACUGAGGACGACUCUUCCAUGGUCACUCUGCUGGCCGAUAGCUGACGGCUGGCCGCCCUCCGCUCAGCCAUGGACAUUCCCGGCGACCCUGCACUGGCUCCCACGACCUCGGGACCCGGGAACACCUCCUCGGCCUGGCCCCCAGCUGCCGCCCUGGGGAACGCGACGGCCGGCCCAAGCCCAGCCGGGCUGGUGGUCAGCGGCGUGCUGAUCCCGCUGGUCUACCUGGUGGUGUGCGUGGUGGGCCUGCUGGGCAACUCGCUGGUCAUCUAUGUGGUCCUGCGGCAUGCGGGCAGCCCGUCGGUCACCAACGUCUACAUCCUCAACCUGGCGCUGGCCGACGAGCUCUUCAUGCUGGGGCUGCCCUUCCUGGCUGCCCAGAACGCCCUGUCCUACUGGCCCUUCGGCUCCCUCAUGUGCCGCCUGGUCAUGGCUGUGGACGGCAUCAACCAGUUCACCAGCAUCUUCUGCCUCACCGUCAUGAGUGUGGACCGCUACCUGGCGGUGGUGCACCCCACCCGCUCGGCCCGCUGGCGCACGGCGCCCGUCGCCCGCACGGUCAGCGCGGCCGUCUGGGUGGCCUCGGCCGUGGUGGUGCUUCCCGUGGUGGUUUUCUCAGGGGUGCCCCGUGGCAUGAGUACCUGCCACAUGCAGUGGCCCGAGCCGGCGGCGGCCUGGCGGGCCGGCUUCAUCAUCUACACGGCUGCCUUGGGUUUCUUUGGGCCCCUGCUCGUCAUCUGCCUGUGCUACCUGCUCAUCCUGGUCAAGGUGCGCUCAGCCGGGCGGCGGGUGCGGGCACCCUCGUGCCAGCGGCGGCGGCGUUCUGAGCGCAGGGUCACGCGCAUGGUGGUGGCCGUGGUGGCGCUCUUUGUCCUCUGCUGGAUGCCCUUCUAUGUGCUCAACAUUGUCAAUGUGGUGUGCCCGCUGCCUGAGGAGCCUGCCUUCUUUGGCCUCUACUUCCUGGUGGUGGCACUGCCCUAUGCCAACAGCUGCGCCAACCCCAUCCUCUAUGGCUUCCUCUCCUACCGCUUCAAGCAGGGCUUCCGCAGGGUCCUGCUGAGGCCUUCCCGCCGCGUGUGCAGCCAGGAGCCCACGGUGGGGCCUGCAGAGAAGACGGAGGAGGAGGAGGACGAGGAGGAGGAUGGGGAGGAGGCUGGGGAGGAGGGCAAGAAGAUGAAUGGCCGGGUCAGUCAGAUCACACAUCCUGGCACCAGUGGGCAGGAGCAGCCGCUCAGCAGUGCGGCGGGGAAGGAGCAGCAGUUCCUGCCCCAGGAGCCCUCGGCAGGGGAGAAAUCCAGCACGCUGCACAUCAGCUAUCUGUAGGGGCCUGGGGAGGGCGAGCAUGGCCCCAGGAAGGCACAGCAGCAGUGGGGGUGCCCAGGGCAGGCCACCCGAGGGGCCAGAGGCCUGGGCUCUGAUCCCACUGUUGCCGGGACUCACCGUGUGACCUUGGAUGGGUUGCUUUUCCUCUCUGGGCCUUGUUUCCUCCAAUGUGACUCAGGGAUGGGGUAACUGGCCUAGAUGAGCUCUGAUGAGAGGAGGUCUUCACGGGGGAGUGGGGUGGUGUCAUUGCUGGGCUGACCUUCCUGAGUGGGGCCCAGGUGAAGGGGACGGGCACAGACUGGCCUCCCCUGCUCUCAGAGACUUCGAGCAGCCUGGGGGAUUGACCUGAAUCUUGGCCCUCAGAGGGAUAAACCAAGGCUUGGAUUUCCUGGGCUCAGAGUCAGGAGCUGGGGGCUGGACAAGGGCCAAAAUGGAAAGAAGUCUUAUCUAUUGAGGAGGAGGGGAUGGAACCGCUCUGCCCAACUCUCUAUGUGGCCUCGUGCCAGCUCUGCCCCUUUCUGGGCCUGCCGGACCACCCCAUAACCUCCCAGUCCCCGGCCCGGACCAUUGGUGCUGUGGAGCCAGUGCUCCUGGACGUGGCGCCCAGAGGUGGAUUGUCCAGGAAACUAAUUAGCUGAGCCUCAGGACCUCUGAAAAUGGGUAAUUACGUCUAAUUUUUUUCUCAUAAUUUUGUAUUCCUUUUCUUAAAGAGGGACCCUGUAUUGAGUAAGAUCAGGCCACACGAAGCCUAGCUCAGGCCCUGAUGAAACCAGCUGCUCAAUCCCCUAAAGAAGCUCGUUUGGGGAAAGGAGCAGGGGUCCCCAAGUCUUUGAGGGUUCUAGGAGUCUCCUCAUAGGAGGUCCCCCACCCUCUGUGACCACCCCCGCCCCCGCCCCCACUGGAGACCAAGGCAGGAACCCGGUCCACGCAGGCUGCAGGGUGGAUGCUACACCCUGGAGAGGCCGAAGUGUCUAAACAGCACUGGGAGGAAGAGGAGGAAGAAAAGGAGGAGGAAGGAGGGUGAGGAGGAGGGAGGAAGAGGGAGAGAAAGAAGAAGAGGAGGGAGGAGGAAGAAGAGAAAGAGCAAGAAAAGCAGGAGGAGGAAGAAGAGGUAGGAGAAGGAGGGAGAAGGAAGAGAAAAGGAGACGAGGUGGCAGCAUCUGCUCUGUGACCUUGGCGCUGCCCUUGGCCUCUCAGGGCUGAGCUCAGCGGCAGCGUCUGUGAAACAGGGGUGCCGAGGCCUGGCCAGGCUAGUCUGGAGGGAAGGAUGUGCUCUAGGGUGGAAAAGCAAAUGCUCUGAAACGUGCAAGGCCGGGCCCCAGGCGGGGCUGGUCAGGGCUGGUGAGGAGGGCACAGCCCCGACGGAGGCCCGGGCGGCGGAGCUGAGAAGCCAGGCCUGGCUCCCGGAGAGGUCCAGAGGGUGGGAGGAGUGGUGAGCCUCUGUCCUCUGUAUUGCUGGGGGGCUACGGGCCGGGGAGGCCCAGGAAGCCAAGGCAAGAGGAGGUCUGAGUGGGACCAGGGGAGAGGCUGCUGGCCCAGCCUGGCCUCGCUCCCCAGAGAUAAACCCUGGAAGCUGCUGUGAGGCCAGCCCUGGGGAAGGGGGAGCUUCUGGCUAAAUUCCUCUGCACCCCACUCCCCAGCCCCCUUCAAAGAGGGCAGAGGGUCCUCAGAGAAAGCAAGGGGACGAGAAGCUGGGAGACCUGGCUCUUCCAUCUACCUCAUGGUCCUUGGCUAGCCUUGACCCCUCUGGGCCUCAGUUUCCCGUGAGAAAAUGGAGGUGGGUUUUCCCAGCUUGCCUGCCUUGCCUCCUGGAAUUUGGGGGUGCAAAUGGACUGAGUCAUGCUGGGUGAGCAGCCAAGCUCUCUGUAGAGGGUGGGAGGGGUGUAUCAAAUUAUAAAGUGGAGGUGCAACAUCCCCACCCUCCUCCUUCAUCAAGCGGGCUUCUGUACCUUGGGUGCCCAGGCAUGAGGACACUGCAGGCGGGGAGAAACGAGAAGUUGGGGGUCAGAGGUCAAGGAACAGGGAGGCAGGGCUAAAAGGAAGUUCAUAACACCAACCCUUGUAUGAAGGUUGCAGGAGAAACCCAUCCAUGGGACUUGAUCUUGGAUUACUCAGGGAGGAGCUGCGGGGGCCAGGGAGAGGGGACGACCCAGCCCCCAGCCUGUGGCCCAGCCCCCUGCCUUCCCUGCCCCUGUGGCAGGUGAACAAUGUUCUGCAAGGGGAGCCGGGGAACAGAAAUCCUUGCCGCUUCUGUCAAUAAAGAUGGUGACACAU